CUACCAACAGUCUGAUUACAACUCAAGAAUUAAUCAUAAUGUUAUGCAAAUACACACAGGGUCGGGUCAGAUUGUAAGUUUUGUAAUUCAAACAGCUGAAACAGUGUCUUUGUGGUGUUAGUUCUAUGAAGUAUAAUAGUGAUAAACAUGUCUCACAAAGUUCUUAAACAUUGCGUUUCUUUCAAUAUAAGGCGUUAUGGCACCAAUUCGAAAUCAAUACCUAAAAAUUAUGCAGGGCCACUGUAUCAAAAAACAGAGCAGUUGAAAUCCGAGCAUUUUCCUCCUGUUCAUAGAAACUUCUACAAGAAGCCCUUGUUGAUACAUCAGGGUCACAUGCAAUGGCUUUACGAUCACGAGGGCCGCAAAUACUUAGAUUUAUUUGGUGGGAUUGUUACAGUAUCCGUAGGACAUUGUCAUCCAAAAGUUGUAGCUGCUAUGGAGGAACAAAUUAAAAAACUUUGGCAUACAACAAGCAUUUAUCGGAAUCCUAAAAUUUACGAAUUUGUGGAAAAGCUGGUAGAAAAAAUGCCUGGAAAUUUAAAGGUAGUGUAUUUGGUAAAUAGCGGUACAGAAGCCAACGAUUUAGCAGUGUUGCUUGCGAAACUCUAUACGGGAAAUCACAAUGUGAUCUCAUUUCAAGACAGUUACCACGGUUGCUCCACUGCUAUACUGGGGUUGACAUCAACCCAUUCUUACAAGUUGCCAUUGCCAGUGCCUCCUGGGUAUUCACAUGCUAUGUUACCGGAUCCAUUAAGAGGUAUUUGGGGAGGAUGUAGGGACUCCCUGUCCCAAGUUCCAGGGUCCUGCUCCUGUCCAGGAGACUGUGCCAGUUCUGAUAAGUACAUCCAUCAGUUAAAAGAGCACCUGAUAAACACCAUACCACCAGGCGGAGCUGCUGCCAUGUUUGCGGAAUCAAUUCAAGGUGUAAACGGAACUGUUCAGUUUCCCAAAGGGUAUAUAAAAAAGGCACAAAAAUUAAUAAAGGAAUAUAAUGGCCUUUUUGUUUCUGACGAGGUACAGACUGGUUUUGGACGCACUGGCGAUGCAUUUUGGGGAUUUGAAACGCAUGGAAUCAUCCCAGACAUCGUAACCAUGGCGAAAGGUAUUGGUAAUGGGUUUCCGAUGGCAGCAGUCGUGACAACUAAAGAAAUAGCAGCAGCACAUAAUAAAGCUGCCUAUUUUAAUACAUUCGGUGGAAACCCCUUAGCUUGUACAGCUGGUAAAGCUGUUUUAGAGGUAAUAGAAGAAGAAAACCUCCAAGAAAAUUGUAAAGUGACUGGUAAAUACUUCAUAGAACAAUUAAUGCAACUUCAAAAGGAUUAUCCAGUAGUUGGAGACGUGAGGGGGAAAGGACUAAUGCUUGGUAUAGAGCUAGUAACACCAGGCACUAAAGACCCGUUGAAACAAGCUGAUGUUGCAGACAUCUUAGAGAUGGCAAAAGAUCUGGGAGUACUUAUUGGUUGUGGCGGAAGACAUUCAAGCGUGCUGCGAAUCAAACCACCUAUGUGUAUUAAUAAGGAGAAUUUCACUUCCAAAGUUUUGAAAUGCGAGCAGACAACGGAGCCUAUAGUGGAAUACGGCAAGACCUCCAAAUUUGAAGGAUACCAGGUUACCUUAGAGAACACUAUAUUAUUCCCUGCCGGAGGUGGCCAGCCUCAUGACAUUGGUUGGCUCGAUGGCAAAGAAGUGGUGCAAGUUCUCCGCAAAGGAGAUGAAGCUUUACAUUUCACAACGGAACCUUUAGAAGUUGGGGCUACAGUCAAUAUGAGAAUUAACUGGGAAAGGAGGCUGGACCAUAUGCAACAACAUUCAGGCCAGCAUCUUCUCUCAGCAAUAUUAGAAAAAGAGUACAACUUACCCACAACCAGUUGGUGGCUCGGAGCUGACGAGUGUUACGUAGAGUUGUCUUCGACUGAGGUCAGCAAUGACACAGUGCUAGCAGUGGAAGAGCGAUGCAAUGCAUUGAUACGAGACGCCAUACCUGUCACUGUUAAGUUUUGCAAGGCUGACAAUCCAGAUUUGAAUGAGGCCCACACAAGAGGUUUACCAAAGGACUGCAUGGCCACCAUAAGAAUAAUUUGUAUCGGAGACAUUGACGAGAACAUGUGUUGCGGCACUCACGUCUCCAACCUCAGUCAACUGCAAAUGAUAAAAUUGCUCGGUACAGAGCCGGGCAAGAAGGGAAAGACGAAUUUGAAGUUUGUGGUGGGUAACAGGGUCACGAGAUUGUUCCAGAGAAUGCUAGACAGGGAGAAAGCAUUGACUGGACUACUCAAAAACGAACCAAACAAACACGAGGAACUUGUUACAAAACUACAAAAGAACCUGAAAGUUACCAACAAAAACCUACAAAAUGUCCUCUCCGACUUGGCACAAUUCGAGAUAGACAGGAUAAAGGCCACUGAUCCUAAACCAAAAUAUGUAUUCAUGUUUAAAAAAGAGGCCACUCCGGAGUUCAACAGAGCGAUAUGUAAAGGUCUGGAAAAAGAGGGUUUGUUCAUGUUUUUGGCUUCGGAAGAUCCGGACAAAUCAAAAGAAGGGCAGAUUAUAAUUCAGGGGCCGGAGGAACAUUGCAAUGUUUUAGGACAACAAAUUACGGAACUGCUAAAAGGUAAAGGUGCAUUCAAAAAUGGGAAAUUCCAAGGUAAAGCAGGUGAUUUGGGAGGAAUCAAUAAAUGCAAGAAGUUAAUUGAAGAUUACUUUAAUAACAUAUAGGAUGCAUUACACAAU